UCGUGGCGUGGCCGAGCAUCCAACUCUAGACUCUACUAGGUUGUUCGGUCACAGAAGCUGGCAGACACGCCCCCGGGCAGAUCGUCUUUUGUCUGGCAUCCUAUCACCCGCUGCCGCCGCACGGUCACACCCGCCGUCCACGGCGACGGCGGAGGAAGGCGAGGGAGGAGAGCUGAGCAGUCACCAGGAUUAGGGAACCGGAGGUGUCCAAGAUUCCGGCGAUCUGAGGCGACCCGCGACAUGGCCGGAGGCGGCGGCGUUGGGGGGAAGGAGGAUGGCGGCACGGAGCCCCUUCUCCUGACCGUCCUCGCUCUCCCCGCAACGGCGCUCCCCGCCGUCGUCUCCCGCCUUGAGGCCGCCGUCCCGCGGAAGGCGCGCAGCUACCUCCCCCGCAACGUCCCGUCGGCCUGGUGGUCACUCAGGAUCCCCUUCAUCCAGCCGCUGCCGCCGGCUGGGGACCCGACAAACGAAGAGGAGGGGAGAAGGUUCCCCCGUCCCCAGCGCGUGCAGGUGGUUCCCUCUCUCGAUCCAGGCUCGGCCGAUAAGCCGCCCAAGAGGUUGAGGAGGUGCCUGCACUGCAAGGCGGUGGAGACGCCGCAGCGGAGGUCAGGGCCGAUGGGGCGGGGUACCCUCUGCAACGCCUGCGGAGUCUGGUACAGUAAAAACGGGACGCUGCCGGAGCACCGUCCGGUGGCAAGCCCAAUCGUCGAUUCGCCACUGGAGAGCCAGAUCUGGGAGCCCGACGUGCCUGGGGCCAUCUACCUGGUCAGAAAGUCGGCCACGGAGAGGCGGCCUCCCAAGACAGAAGCCGCGCCAGCGCCACGGCCGGGGACGAGCUGCUUGCACUGCGGGUCGUCAGAGCCACCUUUGUGGAUAGAAGGGUCCAUGGGGCGGAGGGAAGUCUGCACCGCCUGCGGCAUGCGGUACAAGAAGGGGAGGAUGCUGCCGGAGUGCCGUCCAGCUGGGUGCUCAGUGACGGAUUCCUGGCAGAAGAGCCCAAUCAUCAACUCCCCUCCGGAGAGUCCCAUCUGGGAGCCUGAGGCGCCUCCGGCCGUGCACCUGCCAAGAAAGCCUUCGAAGAAGAAGAAUAGGAGGCGGUCGAGAAGCCAAGCCCCUUCGGUGCCAUGGCCGGCAAAUAAGGGGAAGAGGUGCCAGCAUUGUGGGUCGUCAGAGACGCCACAGUGGAGGGAGGGGCCAAAGGGGCGAGGCACGCUGUGCAACGCGUGCGGCGUGCGGUACAGGCAGGGGAGGCUGCUGCCGGAGUACCGGCCCAUGGCAAGCCCCACAUUUGUGCCAUCAAAGCAUGCCAAUUCCCACCGCAAGGUGCUCCAGUUGCAUCGGACCAGGCAAAGCAACGAUGAGCAUCCGUCACCGCUGCCUGCCGACAGAGUCGCCAACCUCUCCCCAAUCCUCGACGACCUCCCGACCACCAGCACAGCAGGUCUUGCCAGUGAGAACCCGGCCGACACACUGGGCUACACUGACAACCCAAUCAACGCGCCGAGCUCACUGGACUCGCUGCUGUUUGACGGGCCAUCGGCACCGCUCAUUGUAGAGAGUGAAGAUUUUGUGAUUAGCUAGCCUAUGAAGAAUAAUUCAGCUGAGAUGAGAUACUGAUCCUUUUACUUUGUUUGUUCAGAUACUGAUGGUUGGAAAUUUUAAGCUUUCAAUCACUGAAGGUCACUGCAGAGGCCCCAGCAGUGAUCAAACCAGUUCUGUGUAUUCAACCAUUUAGGUGAGCUGCAACUAGGAAGAUUUUCUGGUUCGGUUUCUGGUAACUUUUUCCCUUUUUUCCUUUUCAUGACUCCCAUGGAAAAUUUGUGGUAUGAUCUAGUUUAUGGUAUGUGCGAUGAGAAGACAGAUGUGCAUAGUUUGGCAGAAGCAUCAGACAUUUGCCAAGAUGGCUGUGUGUGUAGCUGGAUAGCCUAGAUUCCUCGAACUGGGAAAGAUGGUGUAAGAUGAUGCUCAUUUUUGGAGCUCUUUCGAGUGAAACCUACCCAUUUCUGGAGCUCCAGAUUGGGCAAGAUGAUGAUUGUGCUUUCUGA